UUGUGAGCUACAGUAUGUAUAAAUCUCCGUACCCUUCGCUCUCUUAGGAGUAUCAAUCGGUGUAGUGUCAAUCACAGCGGCGGCUUCCCUUUCAUCUCGAUCCUCCCAGUCGCUGCGAGAGAGAAGGCAGAGAGAGAAGAGACAGAGGACCGGGAAGGAGAGCUACAUUUCUUACGGAGCGGUGCUCCAGUUUGGAAGUCGGUCCACAGCGUAUCGGUUUAUAACGCACUCCUCGAUCUUUUGUAUAGUUUAUUACUUUUUUUUAGCCGUUAUUCAGUUCAAGUAUGUAUGUUCAUUCUAAUAGGGAUAGAUGCGCAGUAUUGUUUAAGUGGGGGAAAUAAAUAGUGUUCUACUUGUGACAAACAGGCAGCACGAGAUUCAGAGACGCGUUUUUUAAAUUAUAUUUUUCCUUAUUUUUUUUUCCACGAAAGGACUGCAACUCUCACAGGACCCCAGAACGAGGAAAUAUAAGCAGAAGUUUUUUUCUACAUGCACUUUGACCGUUAGCGGAGCUCCCGGGUGUGUGCCCUCCUCUGCCAAAUCUAACGGCACAUCUGACUCUCGUGAUGAGGUUUUGACUUCUGACAUUUUAAAGAGCCGAACUGGCGAGUGCCGCGGGUUGAGCGUGCACUACACACCCGCUUUUGCCGAUAACAUCUUCAAUUUCGGAUAUUUAGAAUUUGAAUCAUUGUAAGAAUCCAUAAUAUUUCGAAAAACAACGACAAAAAGGAUCUCCUGUUAAUUUAGCUAAAACAAAAAACGUGAUCGCACGCAGUUUCCUCCAGGGUACGGAGCGCAACACUUCAAGCCGCUUCAAGGAACAUUUUUGGUUUCCUUUUGGGGAUUUCCAUAGUUCCUCCAAUUUGGACAGUGCGAGUACUUCGACUGAAUCAAAAUGCCACAACUAGCAGGUGGUGGUGGUGGCGGGGACCCUGAGCUUUGUGCCACCGACGAAAUGAUUCCGUUCAAGGAUGAGGGAGACCAAGAACAAAUAUUCGCAGAACUCAGUCACUCAGAGGAAGACGAGGGAGACUUGGCAGAUAUCAAGUCAUCUUUAGUAAAUGAGUCAGAGACGAGUCCAAACAGCAAUCAUGAUGGAACUAGACAAUCCCAAAUAUCCCAAGACUCAUAUCAUGAAAAACACAGAGACCAUCACGACGAUGGGAAACACCUAGACAUGUACAACAAAGGUCACCAAUACUCUGGAUACCCAGGUUACAUCAUGAUGACUAAUAUGAACAACGACUCCUACAUGAACAACGGCUCCCUGUCGCCGCCCAUGCCCAGAACGUCCAAUAAGGUUCCGGUGGUGCAGCCAUCGCAUGCGGUUCAUCCGCUCACCCUCAUCACGUACAGCGACGAACAUUGCCCCGGACCCCACUCCGGACACCACCCCCAGGACGUCAACCCCAAACAAGGCAUGCAGCGGCAUCACCCCGGGCCGGACAUGACCAACUUCUACCCCCUCUCCCCUGGAGGAGUGGGACAGAUCACGCCCCCACUGGGAUGGUUCUCCCACCACAUGGUCCCGGGUCCCCCCGGCCCCCACGCCACAGGGAUCCCCCACCCGGCCAUCGUCAACCCCCAGGUCAAACACGAGCCCCAGCACGACAACGACCUGAUGCACAUGAAGCCUCAGCACCAGGACCAGAGGAAGGAGCAGGAGCCCAAGAGACCCCACAUCAAGAAGCCGCUGAAUGCCUUCAUGCUGUACAUGAAGGAGAUGAGGGCCAACGUGGUGGCAGAGUGCACGCUCAAGGAGAGCGCCGCCAUCAACCAGAUCCUGGGACGGAGGUGGCAUGCUUUAUCCAGAGAAGAGCAAGCUAAGUAUUACGAAUUAGCACGCAAGGAACGGCAGCUCCACAUGCAGCUCUACCCAGGCUGGUCCGCCAGAGAUAAUUAUGGAAAGAAGAAGAAGCGGAAGAGGGAGAAGAUACAGGAACCGGCUGCAGACCCCCAUAGAACUCCAUUCGACCCCUCCGCCCUCACUAGAGUGGGCUUUCAGAACCACCAUGCAGGUACAGGCCAGAGAAUGAAAACGGCGUACAUCUGAGCAUAAAUGGAGGAAAACGGAACGCUUUCUCCACGUCGUGCAAAGCGAAGGCAGCAGCUAUGGCCCCUCUGUUAGAGAUGGAGGCCUGCUAGAUUCCAUCUUAUCCCCGACCCCCAAGCCUCAACUCCUGUUCUCAGAGGAACUUGACUUUAUACUCCUCUCCUGCAGUGGACUCUCCUAUCUGCUGUAGAAACUCUGAACUGAACAAGACAAUCACUACUAAAGACCAUCAUCCAACCGCAUGCAAACUCCCCAGCCCCCUGACUCCCCAGCCCCCUGACUCCCCAGCCCCCUGACUCCCCAGCCCCCUCCCCAGCCCCUCACUCCCCAGCCCCCUGACUCCCCAGCCC